CAUGUGAUGACGGACAGACUGUAUCACCGGAGCGAGGCUUGAAGUCACUCUCAUCAGCAACAAAGCGAAGCAACAGCAGCAGCAGCACUGACGUAAACCAUCCACCACAUCACCGGAACCAUACGGACCCGGACGACAUCAUAUCGUCUCCUCCGAAGGACGUAUAGGAUGGAAACGGAGCGCUGAGAGAGACUGGGAUCGUGAGGAUGCUCGGACUCCAAUUGACAGCAACAUUUGAAAUGCGCGUUAAAUGGAGACUCAUGACAAGAGAUGCUGCAGGGUGCCGCAUUGCCUGGCCGCUUGACGAUGGUAGGAUAGAGCAGCGCUUUUAACCGUGAUGCUCGUUCUUAGAUGCUUUUGGGGUGGGAUCUGUAGUCGAUUGAACGCUUCAGAUUUGAUCUUACGCAUACUAAGACGAUUUCAGCCUGCUUAAGCCAUACGUGCAUAUACACGUAUACAAUCGAUGAGCACGACCAGAUGAAUGUAUGUGAAUUUACGUUGCAGAACAAUCAUUAAUAAAUCCACAACUCCGAAGAAGUGUAUGAGGUGAACUAACAUUGUCGUAGCUUACACUCAGGACUCCAAAGUCAGGUUUUUAUUUGCAAGCACUGCAGCGAUAGGGCUCUUUAUGAUUGGUAUUUUCAUCAUCAGUCACAUAGGGAAUAUAUAGUGAUAGUAUAUAGAGUACAGUAUAGUCAGUCUUGGUCCAGUACAAGGACAAUGACUCAUUUACAGGCAGGCCUGUCUCCAGAAACCCUGGAGAAAGCCAAGGUGGAGUUAAAGGAGAACCCCGACACUUUGCAUCAGGACAUACAGGAGGUGAGGGACAUGAUCAUCACCCGUCCAGACAUUGGCUUUCUCAGGACAGAUGAUGCUUUCAUCCUGCGCUUUCUUAGAGCCCGGAAAUUUAACCAUUUCGAGGCCUUCCGCCUCCUGGCCCAGUACUUUGAGUACCGGCAACAGAACCUAGAUAUGUUCAAGAACCUCAAGGCCACCGAUCCGGGGAUCAAGCAGGCUCUGAAGGAUGGAUUUCCUGGGGUACUGUCCAAUUUGGAUAGAUACGGGAGGAAGAUUCUGGUUCUGUUCGCGGCGAACUGGGAUCAGAGCAGGUACACUUUUGUGGAUAUUCUGCGAGCUAUAUUACUUUCACUGGAGGCAAUGAUAGAAGACCCCGAGCUACAAGUGAAUGGAUUUGUCUUGAUCAUUGAUUGGAGUAACUUCACUUUCAAGCAAGCUUCCAAGUUAACUCCAAGCAUGCUGAGAUUGGCAAUUGAGGGCCUGCAGGAUAGCUUUCCAGCAAGAUUUGGAGGGAUUCAUUUUGUCAACCAACCUUGGUACAUCCACGCUUUGUACACAGUCAUCCGGCCUUUCCUCAAGGACAAAACAAGAAAAAGGAUUUUCAUGCAUGGAAACAAUCUGAACAGCUUGCAUCAGCUGCUCUUGCCUGAGAUUCUGCCGUCUGAGCUGGGUGGCAUGCUGCCCCCUUAUGACAUGGGCACCUGGGCCAGAACGUUGCUUGACCACGCAUAUGACGAGGAGACGGACUACUGCCCCGAAUCCUAUACCUUGUCUGUCAAAGACCUGGAGAAAGACCUGUCCCCCAAAACUAUGAAGAGGUCCCAGUCAGUGGUGGAACCAGGUGUCCUGAAACGACCAGAAAAAGUGAAAAGCGAAGAAGAAAACAUGCAGCCGCUGCUUUCUCUGGACUAAAGGCUCUUAAUUCCCCAGGCGACAAAGAAAUGUCAAACUCCGUACGCUGGGGAGGAGCACACCUUGUUCCUAUAACACGAGAAAAAAAAAUGUACAAAGGAAGGAAAUGUUAAAAAGCGAAAGAACACACAAACAGCCUCCAGGAACACUGCAGAGAGCUGCCAGUCAAAAUCAUAUUUUUGAAGCAAAGAGCUAACGGCGGACGUCCGUAUGUAAUUGUCAAGUGCCAAUUCAAAUCUGUAAAUACACUUCAGUUCUAGACGUGAGAUUGAGGGUGUAAUUGUGACAUGAACCUGUAAAGACUGCUGUGAAUAUCCUGUGUGUGCUUCUCGUGAUUAUUAUGUAGAACAUGGUACUGUAGGAUGGAUAAUCAUGCUUAUAAAGAUAGACAAGCUUUGGGGUAUCCUACAUUUAUAAUCCCCAAAUCAGGAGUCGCUCAGGAGUAUUUCAGAAGGAACGCAUAGAGCUGUCGACGGUGUCAGACAGAAAUAUGCUACUUCCAUUAAAGAAAACGCCAUCUUCGGUUUCAGUGUUUCACAGCAAAUACCCCUUUACAAAGAAAGGAUUUUUCUAAUGAGAAAAAUGUUUGCUAAUUUUAUUUUACCACAACGUAAGCUGUGUUUUCCGUUUAGUAUUCUUAUAUCCCAGAGGGGCUGAGUCACAUUUAGUAAGCUUUAGCUGAUUCUUCACCGAUGGCCUUGUUGUAUACACUUUGUCGUAGAGCCAUGGAAUAUCACUUUAUUUCGUAACCAUAUCCAUAUUAGGCUGAGUUGGUUUCCAAGGCAUUUGUAUUCAUACCAAGGACCAGAUAGAGUAAAACAAAGUACCGUCUUUGCAAUCUGCUUCUAAAGUUAAAAGAAAUAGAUCACCCAAAAAUGAGAAUUAUCCGUUUAUUUACUCACCUUACGUCAUUGCAUAAUAUUUUAAUUA